GCCCAGCCGCCGCCCGCCCGCCGCUCGCUGCCUCGGCCAGCCGCCGCCACCGCCCGGGCCAGGACCCAGCGCCCCACCGGCCGGCCGGCGCAUUGCAUUCUCCUCAGUGAAAGAAACACCCCCACGCCAACAUGCUGAUUCUCCUGGCCUUUAUCAUUGUCUUCCACAUCGCCUCAGCUGCACUUUUGUUCAUCUCUACAAUUGAUAACGCCUGGUGGGUUGGUGAUGGCUUUUUCCUAGACAUCUGGCACCAGUGCUUCAAUGAGAGUAACUGUACCGCCCUGGAUGGGACCUUUCCGGACUACCCGAGUAUCCAGGCAGUCCAAGCCACGAUGAUCUUGUCGACGAUUCUUUGCUGCGUGGCCUUUUUCGUCUUCAUCCUUCAACUCUUCCGCCUCAAGCAAGGGGAACGGUUUGUUUUAACUUCCGUUAUCCAGCUCUUAUCCUGCCUGUGCGUCAUGAUUGGGGCUUCCGUUUACACCGACCGGCACACGGAGCUGCACCAGGGUCCCCAGUACGACCUACUGGAUGUGAAGAGUGGCCGGUUUGGAUAUCCCUACAUCUUGGCUUGGAUCGCUUUCGCUUUCACUUUGCUCAGCGGCCUCAUGUACCUUAUAUUAAGGAAGCGCAAAUGAAACUAGUAAGGGAGAGGGAAAAAAGAACCCCCCACCCCCCCACCCCCAAAGCUAUCCUUGCAGUACUGGAAUUCCAGUCCCUCUUUUGUAAAUAGACGUGUUUUGUGGUAAAGCUGUUGUUUGUUCCUUUCCC